AAGGGUUUUGUAAGGGUUUGUCGAUACUAAAGAAGAACUUUUGGCCAUGCUGAAGUUGCAGUAAAGGACUGGUGAUAGUGAGGCUGGCGACGCGUAAAGGGACACUAAUUUUGGGACAGAAUGUUUGUCCCAAAAACAGCCCCAUGAUGUAUUGCCAAUAUCUGCAAUAUAUGCAACUUAGGAUUGACGACAAUUGUCGUAUUCUCUUUCUGGAUUCCUCACGCGUGAGGAUUGCAUAUUGGUCUAUGCUGGAACACAGUACACAAGAUUGCAUCAUAUUGGAGAAGAGAGGAUAAAAAGGCUAAGGACGACUUUCGAGACCAUAUUAAUCCUAUUACUGCUUCCUAUAUGAUUAAACCAUAUUGCAAUCCAGCCAAAUCUAUAUACCUCGCGAUCUACGUCUUAGGACUAGAUUUAGUAUGGAUUCUUUAAUAUCAUGACACGUUUUGGAAAGGAGUUCAUGACAAGUAUGGAAGUCCAAAUACAAUACAUGCCAAAUGGCAUUCUUAAUAGCGCCUGUUUACUCUACGUUUAAUAAGUUUUGAUAAAUAAUCAACGUACAAAAGUACCUGUGCACACAAGCAAAAAUUCAUUUAACAUCGAUCAGCCGUCGGCUAGCUAAGGACAGUUUGAAUUCAUAAUUAUAUACACAUAUAAAUGCAGCUGACCAAUAACUAAAUACGCUCUAAAGAUGUCUACGAGUAACAUUUUUUUCAGGCUUUUAAUCUCUGCUCUUUUAUUACUCCUUAUAAUAUACAGGCGGUCGGCAAAUGCGAAUGAAAAAAACUUAACUGAAAUCUCAGAACACGAGAUCCUCAAUAUUGGCGGCUUAUUCGCAAUUCAUGGCUAUAACAACGGAACAUCGUUUUGUGGUCCAUUUACUCUCGGUGGUUUUACAGAAAUGAAUGCAAUGUUGUUCGCUGUGAGUAAAGUCAACGAAAACGAAGAUAUUUUGCCAGGAAUAAAACUGCGAGCCAAACUGGAAGACACAUGUAGUUCCACAGAACGUGCAACAGAAAAGUCGCUUCAUUAUACAAUGAUGAGCUAUCGUUCCAUAAACGAAUGCUUUGGUAAUCGCUCUGAACAGGAAAAGCCAACGUUAGCUAUUGUCGGCGAGCAAAGCAGCGAUGUUUCACGAGCAGUUACCAAUCUUGUCGGGUUAUUUCACAUUCCGGUGAUUAGCUACGCCGCAACAAGCUCAUCUUUAAGCGGGGUGAAAUAUUUCACGAGGACUGUCCCUCCAGAUACUUACGCCACGCAGGCGUUAAUAGACGUUCUUCAAAGAUUCAAGUGGAAUUAUGUAAUUUUGUUGUAUUCAAACAGCGAAUACGGUCGCUUUGCUGCGGAGUCUUUUCGUGAGAAACUUCGUAAACUAAAGGACAACAGGAAGAUAUGUAUAACUGUUGACGAGCAUAUCCACGAAACUACUCGUGAAGACCUGCAAACGUGGGGAAAAAUCCACAAAGAAAGAAACAAAACUAAAGUCAUAGUGGUUUUCGCAAUUUACGAUGAUUUCAAUGGCUUUUUGCUAACAGGAAAAGGAAAACAUGAUUUAGAGGAAUAUAUUUGGUUAUCCAAUGACAUGUGGAAUGGACAGACAGCCAACUUAACUUGCAUGUUGAAGAAUGCCAUUAGCAUUAUUCCCAGCCAAAUACACAUUGACGAAUUUGAAAAAUUCUUCCUUAAGACGCAUGAAAACCUUCAUGAUGUGCGACAACAUUCGACCUUUGACGAGGAAUGGUUUAAAGAAUACCGCUCCUCUGUGGCUCCUCGGAAUUUGAAUAUGACAUCAUCGUCUAAGCCGUUGGAGAACGCCGCAUGUGUCCUUUGGGGUUCGAGCGAAGUUAGUUAUGUCAUAGAUGCUGUGUACACAAUUGCUUGGGCAUUGCAUGAUAUUUUGGAGUGUGAUAACAAUACAAAAAGAUGCAACAAAACCGAGUCAAUAAAUAUCUUUAAGAGAAAACUCCUAAAGGCCAUUAAAAGUGUCGACUUUCAGAAUGUCUGGACGAUGAACAAGGUGUCGUUUACAUCUAAAGGCAAUCCGCGGAAUGUCAAGUAUUCCAUCGUGUCGUUCCAAAAAGAAGAAGAAUGUUUUGUAAACAUCGGCCAUUGGAGUUGUGUGGUUGACGCAAACGAAACCUGCACAGGAAACUUGACUCUGGAAGAAUCGUUUAUCCCUGAUAACUUUCUUGGAGUAUGUGGCGUCAUUUGUCCGGCAGGUCAAUACAAGAUUGUCGAUGAAUGGUUUGCAUCAUGUUGUUGGCAAUGUCAAAACUGUACGGCUAACAAGUACUCUGAUAAACCGGGCUCUUCGACUUGUUCCGAGUGCAAAUAUGACGAAUGGCCGACGGAAAACCGUACAUCUUGUGUUAAGGUAAAACCACGGAUAGUAUUUCUCACAAAGAAUCCGGCCGGUAUAUUUUUGUUAUGUGUUAACAUCUUAAGCAUCAAAAUCCUGAUACUUUUCGUCAUCCUCAUCAUCAAAUACAACAAAUCGAAAAUGAAGAUAUUUAAAGAUCGCAUCCUGUGUUACAUAUUGUUGUUUGGUAUUCUCAUGUGCCAUGUUGUCUCCAUAUUUAUUUUAACUGACGCACAUAAAGACUAUUGUCUACUAAUGGUGAUUUUUGCCAAAGUCGGUUCAACUUGCACGCUUGGGACGAUUUUCAUUAAAACAAACGAUGUGUAUAGAACGUACAAGAAGAAAAUACUCAAAGAUGAUCCUCGAUUUCUGAGCGAAGGUCUUAAGGUCGUGGUGGUCAUAUGUCUAGUGAUCAUCGAUGUGGCUUUGCUGUGGUUCUGCAUAAAUUUUGAGGGAAAAUAUAGGAAGACAUCUACCACCCUUUACUUCCAAACAGAAACUGAUAACACUGCGUACAUCCACUGUGGAUUCAUCAUUGAUUUUAUCACAGGUGAAGUAUUUACGGUAUUAGGAACCAGUUUUUAUUGGGCACUUCUACUCAUCUGCACUCACCAGUCUUACUUAAUUAGAAAAGUCACCGACCACGCCCAUGGUCUACGUUAUGUCUUCUUUGGUUCUCUCGCAUUGACAAUAAACAGCAUAUCCUUGCUACUGGUUCAAUCAUUCACAGACAACAAGGGACACACAAAGGAGCUUAUCUAUUCAUUUUAUAACUCUUUCUUCGCGACUGUCGCAUUGGCUUGUACUUUUAUACCCAAGGUUGAAAUUCUUGUUUUUCAUCCCGAAAAAGAUGUGUUAUUCGACGCCCUGCGUACAACCACAAUGACCAACCAUGUUUCGGAGAUUGGUAUGAGAGAAAGGCGAAAACCUAAUGAAAAUCCACCCUGUCCGUCUGGUAUGCAUGAGAGUACUAUAUGAAGCUUGUUGCUUUUGAUAUGGAAAAUUAAUUCAUGCUGCCUAUGAUUUUAUUACAGCAUCAUAGAUCCAUAUUGAUCGAAUAGCUUCCUUACCGCAUGCAGAGGUUAACUACAAUGUUAACUAAAAAGAUUAGGACUAGUUGUCACAUAUUUUACGUCCAGCUCAUGUCAGAGCUAUAGUUCUUUUGACUAUACACUAUAUAACCACAAAAUCUCGACCAUAAAGAGUAACAAAAAAUAUAAUUGAUUAGCUAAAUAUACUAGAGUUCUUAUUGGGUAAAUUCGAAACUCGAACAUUGUCUACUUUUUUGCUGCAACUAUAGUGAUAGAUGUGUAUGAAUUUGUAUGUUUGAUUUAUCUAUAAUAAUACCUGAUCAUGCGAUCCUAUAUGUAAACAAGGGAAAACUGCUUGGACAAAUAUAUUUAAACGUUAUUAAAAUAAUUACCGAGGAUAGAGUGAGUAUGGAUAUAAAACAUUUACCUCUAUUCCGGCUUCCUUUGUCGUCGCGAGAAAUGUUGGCAAAAUUUCGAUACUAUUUCUCAUUUUCAUACCAGUUUUCAUAAUGGAACCAACCUGAAUUUCAGUUGAUAUUGCUUACCCGCUGGUCUAAAAGUAAAAUUAAG